UAUAUUCAAGGACAACAAAAAAAGAAACAGAAUUUUAAACUAAACUACGCUAAGAAUCCGUUUACUUUAACAAUAUUCUAUGAUAUUGCAACAAAAGUUCGAACCGUAACAGUGUCUAAGUAAUCGUAAUGUCUGAACAAACAUUUCCACAAAUACUGCAAAUCAUUACGUAUUCACUGAAAACACAACAAACAUGCAACAUACAUAGAUUCGUACUUACUGCGGAUUAUAUUGCAAUAGCUCAAGCAAAUACACGAUGACGCUCCCAGCGUUUGCGUAUGGAUCAUGUAGUGGUGGAGAGUAUAAAGCGCCUGUGGCCACCACCUGAACCACACAUUGUCGCACACGAUCGCAGGCAUGAGGAGUGCGAUAGCGAUAUUGUCGCUGGUAGCCGCUAUUGCGGCAGAGGCGCCGUAUCAUCUGCCGCGGCCAGGAGCAAACGCGCCGUCACUCAACUAUCCUAUAAGACCUGCACCGCCGCCGCCACCACCGCCGCCACCACCACCGCCGCCACCACCACCGCCACCACCACCACCGCCGCCGCCGCCACGACCUUAUAAUCCUCCCCCGCCACCACCACCACCGCCGCCGCCGCCACGACCUUAUAAUCCUCCCCCGCCACCGCCUCAAUACCCGCAACCUCCACAAUACUAUCCACCUCCAUCACAAUAUCCCAUUCCACAACCGCCCCCACCUCCGGCACAUCAACAUCAUCAUCAUCCACCUCCUCCGCCGCCACAACCUCAGCCGGUACCGAAUCCUCAAGACGGCUACCACUAUCAACAACCAAAUAUAGCCCCAGCAUUCGUACAGCCCGUGGCUCAACCUCUAGUUCAAACACAACCACAACCGCAGCCGAUUUACCAACAACCACAACCGCAGCCGAUUUACCAACAACCAGCUCCGGCACCGGCACCAACUCAACCAGUAUACAGUCCGCCUGCACCUCAACCAGCAUAUCGUCCGCCUUCUUAUCAACCUCCCGCUCCUCGACCUGUUUAUAACCAACCCGCCCCUCCAGUACAACCAAUUAGCUAUCCACAGCCCAUUCAGUACCGACAACCGAAUCCACAGUACCAAUUGCCCCAACAGCCUGCUCUACCCAGACCAGCUCCCUCCCCUCCUGUUAACCCAGCUCCGCAACCUCAACCAAUUCCAAUCCAACCGUAUCAAUCGAACCAAUAUCAACAGCAACAGUCAGGCUAUUCUUACCAACAGCCACAGUUCGCAGAACAACAAAACCAGGUGACCUCACAAUUGCCCCUCGAAACUCAACCUAGUGGCAGCGGCGGCUCACAAGUUUUGUCCAGCUACCAAGCCGAUUCAAACCAAUAUAGCAGCGCUCAAAACCAAGAGCAGAUACAUCGAGAUGCUCUGGAUUCAGUGGUUGUUGGUCGUGUCCAAAAUAUAAUCAAAGAGGACGAACAUAAUUCCGCAAGGAACGCAGGUUAUCUUUCUCUGGUGUCCGGCGUGUCAUUAGAGAGUGCAAAGCCGAGCAUCGAAAUUCUGUCUUUUGCUCACACCUCAGGACAGAAUGCUCAAAGCUCAGGCUCCUCCUUCGCUCAGUCGUCGUCUUCAUCAUCCUCAGCGGUAUCUCAAGACUAUGGACUCCCGCUGGCUACGGACAGCCAGUCCUCGAAUCAAUUUGUUCAAUCAAAUACAAACGUCGGAUUUUUGCCCGACACUAAGCCGGCAACGUCGUACGGCCCACCUAAUUAAGAGUUUUAAUACACAAUUCAGAUGUCACUGAAUUGUACAUAAUUGUAAAUAUAUUUUUUUCUAAAUUUGUAAAUAAAAAAAU